GUUACAAUCACAAGGACCGGUAAAUUUCCGAGGAUGAAAAAACAAAGAAAGAAAGAUGGCGCUGCCCAUGUUGAGAGGUUGUCACAGGUUUCCAUCUAAAUUAAGCUUUACUCGUCUCUGUUUAAAUGAAAGUGUCAUCCUGAACCGGUCCGUUAACCGGUGGCUACCUCCUCCACCGCCUGCUGUCGUGGGAGCGGCGCUCCGCUCGUACAGCUCCGACCGCGGCGGGCAGCACCAGAACCAGAAGUUGGUGGUUUUCGGCAUCCCGAGUCCCUUCCUCUGGGUUCGCACCCGAAUCUACUACUUCCUGAUCCGGGCGUACUUUGAUAAGGAGUUCACCAUCGAAGACUUCACGGAGGGCGCGAAGCAGGCCUUCAUCCACGUCUCCAAACUACUGGCAGGGAGUCAGUUUGAAGCCUUGGAAGGGCUCGUGGCGAAAGACUUGAUCGCAAAGCUGGAGGAAAAGUGCAACGGGCUGCCAUUGGACCAGAAGAAAGCUCUCUCUGCAGACGCUGAUGACAUCAUGUGCAUGACGCCUCGAGACGUGAGGAUCUACUUUGAUGAUGAUGGGAGGAAAUUUGUCAGUAUUCUGAUGCGUUUCUGGUAUCUGACAAGCGCUCGUAUUCCUAACGACACCAUGGAGGGAAGCCGUGGGUUCCAGGUGGCCAUCGGUGGAGAGGGAGAAUCAGAAACCAAGAGAAUCCUCAGUGCAAAAUAUGAAUUCCAGAGGGAGUUCACGAAGGGAGUGUCUCCGGAAUGGACCAUUACGAGGAUAGAGCACUCCAAGCUUUUGGAUUGAGGUGGCUAUGAUUUGUGGCAGUUGUGCCACUGGAAAUGAAUCAAAGACAUGGAAAUUGCCGCUCAGCAUUUGCUUUUUGUUAGAUUGAGUACGACGAGAGCAGCUUGAGAUUAACCACACAGGAAAUCGUGAUGCAUCGCCUCGCUGGGAAGUCCGAGGAAACCACCGGGACAAACUUGGAUUCACUCACUAUUCACUGUAGAAAAGACACAUAUAUUCUCAGAGAGAUUGAUAGUGUUUCUUAUUGUAUUAUUCAAUAUUUCUGAUAUCACCCCCUAGACUACAGCAGGUGUGGGAACUCUUAAACUUGUAAUUAUACCUAUCAUCACAUGGGUGAGCCUUGCACCCCUUCUUGGAAACUCAUCUUGCUUUGUUGUUGUUGUUGUAAGGACCGACUUUAGUUUGGUACUUCAGACACGGGACUGUGUGGUAUAGUGAUAUUCAAUGUUCCAGAUUCAUCUCCACACAAAAAAUAAUUGGUCUUCCCUUUUUUUAUUUAUUCUUUUUAUCCCACACCUGUUGCAGUAAUGUGACUCUGAAGUACAUGCUGUGUACCAAAUGUGCACACGUGUUUGCAAUGGUUAAGGCAGCGUGAUGCAUCUGCAGCAGACCCUUGAUUGUUUUAUUAAAAAUGUGAUAAAUGAAAAAUGUGCAUUUAUUUAUUA